AUGCACUUGCAAUUGAUUAUUAAAUCAAAUCGUAAUGAAAUCGGGGAAGCAGAUGUUAUAAGCAUACCUGUAAUAUUUUCUGGGCUGAAACAAUUGGAAACGCUAACGCUUAGCGUACACAGUCUACGAAAUCAGUACUUAUCGCUGCAAAACUUGACGCAAACACACUUUAAGAACCUCACUGCUCUCAGACAGCUUGACUUAGCCGGAAACAAUAUGAGAAUGUUGGACGCCAACAUGUUUGCAGCGCUAACGCAAUUAAAUUGGCUGAAUUUGAGCCGUAAUGAAAUCCGGGAAUUGCCCGAAGAUCUGUUUGCAUAUCAGCGUGAACUUCUCAUACUGGAUCUGAGUCACAAUUUAUUGGAAUAUUUAACGCCACACAUUUUCGAUCACACUCCUCGGCUAUGGCAGUUGAUACUUGGUGGCAAUCAACUGCACGACACCACAAAUAUUAUGGAAAAUCUGAAACCGUUGUAUUAUCUACAUAGGCUAGACGUAAGCCAGAAUCAACUGCAAACUAUUUGGAGCACCGACACUUCCGUCAAUAGAACAUAG